GGAAAAUAUGUUAGUACUGACAAAGUCUGUUGUCUCGACGCCCGCACACCUGGACAUCAAAGUAAGAGUAGCGCAGGGCAUGAGCCGCGAGGGCUGGUCUAUCACCAAAAAUCUCAUGACAGAGAUAACACUUUUGACGUUUGGAUUCUUCACAUUUGUCCCAAUGAUUCAGAAAUUAUGUCUUUUCGCAACCGUCGGACUGCUCACUGAUUUCUUCAUUCAGAUUACGUUUUUUGCGACCGUCUUAUCCAUUGAUAUCCAACGACUUGAGCUCAACACUAAACCCAAUACUAAUGGCUACACAAACGCACAGAAGACCCACAGCCGUCAUAACUCAUCGACGGAUAACGGCGUAAUAUUCGGGAACCGUUCGUAUGGCCAGAAUGUGUUCGCGAGGCCAUCGAAGCCGAGUCACUUCAAAAUGCCUAAACGGCUGCGAGUGGUGUACUUUGUGGCGCGAACUCGUUUAGUGCAAAGGGCUCUCAUGUUAAUACUGAUCGGUUGGAUCUCGUUUUUGGUCUACAAUUUUGAAAUUAUCGAAAAUUUAAGCCACGAUUCGCAACACAUGUCCGGCAACCCUGUGUUCCAGUUCGCCAACUUUGGCACCAAUCAAGUGCUGUCUAAAAAACCACAAAAUGCUCAACAAAUGAACACAAAGGCGGCCAAAGCCGAAGAAAAGCUGGACAACAAUCCGAAUAUUACGUCAGACGCGAGUCAAACGCAUCGUUUGGUUCAUCACAAUCCAAAUCUGUGGAAAUCGUUGUCAUCGCAGCAC